CAUUCCCUCUCCGAACACUCAUGCAAUCAAACACCCGGGUGACUUUAGGACCCAGUGAGAGACACCCAGGGGGCGCGGCGAUAAUAUUCAUCUGACAGCAGAACCUGUUAGUUUACUCUUGCUUCCUCUCAGACAGUUCACACGUUCCCCUUCACAAUAGUUCCUUGAAGUGACAGUUGCAAUAGAGAAGUGCUCUGUGUAGCAGCAACAGAAGUGCCACCGCCCUCAACCUCAAGCCGUGGCGAUCCAUGACCCAUGGACGAGGACCUUUGUGUCCUGACAUGCCUGUGAAAGGUGCCCUAUCCCAGGCAGUGUACUGUACAGCCAUCCAUGGAGCAUCAAGCCUGGACACUGAGGAGCUUCCUGGCCCAGCUGGAGAGACAGGAGGCUGGGGACGAGGAGGGACCAAAUGGCAUUGCCGGGGAGUUUACAAGGUUGAAAAGCCUGUCAACUAAGUACCGCACCGACAAGACCUUCCCAACCAAGGCAGCAGAGAAGCAGGAUAACGUCAAGAAGAACCGAUACAAGGACAUUGUUCCCUUCGACCACAGCAGAGUCAAGCUCACCCUCACCACAUCUAAAAAUGACACGGACUACAUCAACGCCAAUUUCAUCAGGGGGGUGUCAGGUUCCCGGGCCUACAUCGCCACUCAGGGUCCUCUACCUCACACAGUUCUGGACUUCAUGAGGAUGCUUUGGGAGUACAACGUAAAGGUCAUAGUGAUGGCCUGUCGAGAGUUUGAGAUGGGAAAGAAAAAGUGUGAGCGCUACUGGCCGCAGAAACAAGAGCAGCCGUUUGUUUGCGAGCCUUUUACUGUUUACUGUGAGUCUGAGGAAAAUAAAGGCGAUUAUCUGUCAAGGACGUUACGUGUGACUUACCGCAACUCUAGCCGAACUUUGAAACAGCUGCAUUAUGUCAACUGGCCGGAUCACGGUGUACCGGACUCCAUCCCUCCUAUUCUGGAACUGCUGGAGGAGAUGCGCUCCAUUCAAGCCCAUGAUGACAUCCCCAUCUGCAUCCACUGCAGUGCUGGCUGUGGACGAACUGGAGCCCUGUGUGUCAUUGAUUACACCUGGAACCUCCUGAAGAAUCAGAUGAUCACUCCAGAUUUCUCAAUCUACGACUUAGUCCAAAACAUGAGAACCCAGAGGCCUUCGCUGGUUCAGACCAAGGAACAAUAUGAGCUGGUCUACAGAACCAUCAAGGUACUGUUUGAGAGAUAUCUGCAGUCCGUGGAUGCACAGACCUGCAGAAACGAGGUGACAGUUAUCCCGUCUGACCCUGUGAGUGAGCUCUCUGCCCUGGCUGAGGAUUUGGAUUUGCUGCCACAGUUGCAGCGGCUGCUUGACGAGGAGAGGGAGGCUCUGCAGCAGUAUCACCCUCUCUUCGCCUCUGCGUCAGAAAAUCUCAUCUCGCUGACGGACCAGCAGCAAUGGCACCUGACCGAGACCCCUCCUGAGGCCCUGGCCACCACCCAGGACCCGCAGGAGGGGCUCAGGACCUCACCCGUACUGCUGCAUGCCAGCCAGAGAGCCCCUGCAGCGGAGGAGAGGAUACCUGAGAGCUACGACGUACCAUUGCUGAACCCUCCACCUGCACCGGCUGUGGCAGCAGCCAUUUGUCUGAUGGUGGAGGACCCCUACUUUGACUCUCCGCUGAGCUCCCCUUCAUCAGACGAGGCACCAGUGGACUCUACUCAAGACGACAAACAAUGGACAGCUAGCCCGAUCUUCAGCGUGCCCUCGCUGUGUCUGAACGACCAGACACUGGAGCAAACCUCUCCCGUCUCAGGUUCUAACGAUUCAGAUGUGGAGGUUCCUCCUCCCCUACCUCAACGAACCCCUGAAUCCUACGAGCUGGCUGUGGAUGCAGAGGACUCAUAUCCCUGUGAAAAGUUGAUGGUCAUCAUUCCACCCAAUGCUGCUGCUGAGGCUGUCAGGGAGUUGGGAGGCAGCCCCCCCUCACCUGUCCCCCCACUUCCAGAGAGAACCCCAGAAUCAUUUGAGUUGGCUAUUGAUCUAGCUCCCGUGGAGCAGAAGUCAGAGGUCAGACCGGCGGCGAACCUGAACAGAAUAGGAAUGUCCUCCGAGUGGUCUGGUAACUCGAAGCCAGCUGCCGCUGCGUCUCAGGAUGAGGUGAAACCUUGGGUGAGAAGUAAGAGUCUGAAAGCGAAGAUGACCUUCACAGCACACCCGGAUGUUGCAUCCAGCUCCACUUCCAACCUCCACCCUUACUGUCCGCCUCUGGACGCAGUGGCUCCUUCGCUGCUUCCUCAAACUGAGGAGAGCCUGACUCCUCCUCUCCCCGAAAGAACCCCCGAGUCCUUCGUCCUCACUACAGAAGAGUUUCCCAAGCCCGUCCUCUGCGCACAGCCGAUAGAAACACCACAGCCUCCCCUGUCAUCGAGGGUCGGCCUGUCAUCAGAGUGGGACGGCUCCUCGCAGCCCAAGAAGUUCCUCGAUGGGGUUAUGAACAGGAGCAAGAGUGUUCGAGCCAAGAGUUCAAGACAAGAGCCCCUCACUGUCGCUCCGCAGCUCUCUUUGCCUCCUGUGGUCGUGGCUGAAGGAGGAAGUGCUCAAGUUGGACAGGAUGACGAGAACCGCAGACCCUCCCUGAACGCCUCAGGAAACAAAGCAGACAAGAGCAGUGAGAAGGGCAUGUCUAGAUCAAAAAGUUUAAAGUUUUUCAGGCAUAAACAGAAACCUAAAGUCGCCCCUCCACCCAUUCCCACUCAACCUGACACACCGCAAUCAUACAGCACUUCAUUUUCAGUGUUCAAAUUGGGAUUCGGGAACCGCUUUGGAAAGCCAAAGGGCCCCAGGACUUACCCAGAGACCUGGGUGUGAGGCGGUCGCCCCCCUUUUGUACACAACAAACCAGGAUCUGUUCCUCUAACAAGGACACUGAGGAUACACUGCAUCGCUAAAUGACUUGGACUCAUUGGAAGAAUUGAAGAUACUGUGGAAGAUCAAAUACAGGCUUCUGUUUGUCUCGCACCCUCAGCAGAGAACAGGAAGUGCCUCUCUACCAGCUCUGACGCACUUUGUACUGCGCAUCAGCCGAGGCUGGUUUUAAUUACAGAUCAGUGCCUCGAUGAACGACAUCGACAACCACUCGGAGCAGUGACUUGAAAGUUUAAUCAAAAUCUCACCCUCUAGUUUAUCGACUUUGAGGAAGUGAGCAGACUGCAGAGAGAAGUUCAAACUUCUUGUUUGUUUUUUGUGUAUUAGAAACAUAUUUAGUUUGUGUGUGUGUGUGUGUUUGUGCUUCUGGCAGGAUGUAAGAAAACGGGUAUAACGUUGCAUCUAGUUCAUCAGCACGUAAAUAUUUCUGCUACAAAGACGACAGACUUUCCAUUAUUAUUCAGUGUGUCGUUUAGUUUUUGUUUCUAUGCCACAAUUCACAUCCAGCCGUAGUUUUUAAAAUGGUUUUUAAAAAGCAUUGUCAGCUUGGUGAAAAGGAUAUCUUAAAGGAGAAGUUCACCCAAAAAUGAAAAUGUAGUGAUUCUCUACCCCAUGAAACAUUUGUGGAGCUUCACGGCAGAACAGCUGAAGUAGAUGGAGACAAGUGAAAUAAAUAAACAUAAGAAUGUCUCCAAAAGCAUCUAGAUCCCAAAUAUAAAAAAUAAAAAAAACAGGUGUAAAGAACGUCUUUUCAAAUCAAUUUGGGGGUUUUGAGGCCUCCAGAGACUUGGAUUACGCUGAAUCAGCUGUAGAAAGCUAUUUUAUGUUAAGUCCAAAUCUGCUUCAGCUGCUCAGAAGAAACAGAGACAAAUGUUUUGUCGACUAACAAAAAAAUUCUCGUUAUGACUGAAUUUUCAUUUUUGGUGGGAACUUAACCUUUAACAUACAGAGAGUGUGAUGCAUGUUGAAUAUGCAUCGGAUGCAGCUAUAGAGUUAAACUGUGUUAACAUACACUGGUUGCACAAAAAAAAAAGUUAUUUAUUAAAAAGAUAUAUAGAAA